ACAGCAACACUCUCUUUUGCAACAGUUGACUUGCAGAUGUGAAGAUCUGCAGAUGUGCGAUAUCUUCACAUUUAGCCCUGAUGGACAAAGUAAGACCAAAUCAAAGUGACCCAUGACGUAACAAAUACAGUUACUCCUGUGGCACAAGAAACCUAAUUUAAACCACUGAGCUAUAGAACACAAUCAGUGAUGGCAUCAGUGAAGCGACUUGCAGGAAUGGAAUUCAUCUUCAAGGAAGGGCUGGUGUACCUUCAGGGAUUCAAGUUUGGAAAGAGAACAUGGCGGAAAGUAUGGAUGGUGCUCUACAAACCCAGUUCCACAGGGAUUGGCCGGUUGGAGAUCAACAGUGUACACAUGGACAACAUUGACCACAGGAAGUUGGGUCGCCACAAAGCACCAGAAAGAAAAGUUGUGCGUCUAAGUGAUUUCCUCAGUGUCACCCCUGCAACAGAGGAGUCCUGCCCCGAAGGAUGCAUUGCUUUCUACCUUCACACGACACAGUGCAUCUACACUCUGGCCUCUACAACAAGCCAAGAGUGGCUGAGUGCCCUCUGUCUUCUAGCUUUCCAGAAGGAUUCUGAAGAAUCAGACAAAGGUGGUUUGGAGAGAGGAAAUUGCUUGACCAUGGAGAACAAUGAACUUUACUCAUCUUGGAAUACUGAUCUGAUCCUUCCUCCAAACCGGUACCAAGUGACUGUCCUAAGCACAGAAGCAUCCAGGAGGUGCAAACUGUCUGGGGAGUAUCUGGUCUCCCCAGAAAAAGAGGCCAUUAUACUGCUGACCUGCAAUACUAGUCACACAGUCUACUACUGGCCAUACAGGCUAUUGCGCAAAUUCGGACAGGUUGAGGGAGGAUUCAGCAUUGAAGCAGGCCAUCGCUGUCAGUCUGGGACAGGAGUGUUCAUCUUCCUGUCCACGCGUGCUCCUGAGGUCUUCCAGAUUAUAUUAGAGCAGUGCUAUGCAGUGGGGAGCUCAUCUGUUCAGCCUCUCAGCAUCGACAGAGGAUCAUUAUGUGCCCAGUCCCCCGAUGUCCUCCCAACUCCAACUAACCAGCCCGCUGCUCCUCUUGUCUAUAGUUCUGCAGAUGUUUCUGCUCAGACAGAGGACAAGCCAGCCAACCCCUGCUCUUCUAAUGACACCGCUGUACCAAACGUGAUGCCACUAUCUCACAUUUCUAACAGCAGGGAGGCUGUGAGAGAUGAAAUUGAGGAGGAGGAUGAGCAGUGUCAUUCCCUGGAGGCUCUGCACCUGGACAGUGACAUGGAUGACAACAUUUACUACAACUUGAGGAGAUUCUCUCCUCGUCUGAUCAGGAAGGACAACUCGGAGUGCAUCUAUGCGGAUUCGAAAAUAGCUGAAUCUCCCACAGUCUCCCCGCAUCAGACUUUCUCCUCACCCCUUCAUCACCCCGAUCCCCACCCUCCUCCUUGCAGCCUCUACCCCAAGCCUAGAUGCCAGCGUCAGCCCCAUGUGAAUAAUUUAAUCCAGCCAUGGCUCAGUACUCAGGCACAGGCAAUGGAUGACAUGAAGGAGAUGGAGGGGACCAUCAGCUCCUCUGCCCAUGCCACCCCCACCGAGGACCCCAGCAGUUUUAAAUACAGGCUUGCAGAAAUCAUUUCUAAGGACCUGGCAAAGUUCCAGCCACCUCUCCCCUAUGGUGUGGGCAGCCCAACAUUUACUCAGUAGGCUAUUAGUUAGCAGACAGACAAGGAGGGGCAAUUUUAACCAUGAUGGAUUGUCACGAGGGAUCUUUUUUCCCCCCUUUUAAUUUCUUUAAAACACCCUUCACUGGGAACAUUAGAUGUCAAAUGUUUGGCUUGCGGAUGUUCUUGUAUUUAUCUGUGGAGCCUGUCGCUUUACUCAGUGGAUUGUUUUUGGAAAAAAACCCAGCAUUUAAUUAAUGUUGUUCUUCACUGCUGGAACAUUAGAGAGGAUGUGGGUCCCUGUGACAUCACAAUUAGUUGAUAAGCUGAAUGAAAACCUGAUUAUUAAUGAAAACAGCUUUGAAAUGGACUUUUUUUCCCCCCUAUUUGAUGUACAUGGUGCAUAAUAAGAGUUUUGCAGCAAUGCAAAAAGACCAACAACCCUAAUUGUGUUUUUGCUUUUUGAACACGCCGUAUGUGCAACUUUCUGCUUCACAUGGUGGAAAAUAUAAGAGUGUAUUGAAUAUGUCGCUGACUGAAGUAUGAAAGACACAAAGACAACGUAAAAUGCAUAGUUGUUUCUUAACUAUAUCUUUAUUGUUGCAAACUAGUUUUCAUAAAAUACUCAUAGCUAAACAUAAAUAUGAAAAUAAUUAUUUUUAAUUUAGUCAAAAGUCAUGAGUCACUUGUGAUGUUCAGGGCAUGUAAAGUGCAUAAAAAGGCCUUUGGAAGUUCAAGGUGGCCUGAAGUCAAACAUUCUCAGGUGUUUUCAGUAGUUUCUACAUUAUUUUUCCAUUUGGCAGUGCAACACCUAAGCUAGUAAUCAUGAAGGAGAAUACAUGUAGGAACUAUGAUCGACAUUUCUACACGCUGUAGUAUUUGGUUCUCCAACAAGAGUCACUGCAGUGUAAAUUGUCAGGAAUCAGUGCUCAAUGUUCUGUCAUUGUCUCCCACUGUGGCUUUCCUCCAUGUCACUGAGAUGCGAGGAUUCGCCAUCACUGCAGUGGGAUGAGGCCGUGGAUUUAUUUGACCCCAGGUCAGAUGUAGGUCCAAGUAUAAACAGGUGGCCCACGGAGGCACCGGAGUCUCGCUGUCCUCCCAUCAGCUGGUCCUGCGCACUGACCGCAGGCAGCAGAGUCUGGAUCAGACUUCUCCUGCAGGUAUUGUCUGCUGAGCUCAUGCGCUCCGACUGAACCACGCCGGCCAGAAGCUCCGACAGCUCAGUGAUGUAAAUCUGCGCCAUUUGCAGAGUGUCAUAUUUGGACAACUUCUUCUCAUUCUCCAUUGACGGGAUGACGCUCCUCAGCUCGUCAAACGCUUUGUUCAGGCCGUGCAUCCUUCUCCUCUCUCUGGCGUUGGCUGCUACGCGCCGGUGUCUCUGUGGACCAGUGUAGUGGCUCGUCUUGUCUCCCUCUCCUGUACUCUCGCAGUCUGUCUCUGUGAUCCCUGCAGCCGACGCGCACUCGGGCAGUUCACUUGAUGGAUGAAGUUUCUCCAGUGGGAUGCCCACGUCGUGCGCGUCCCUCCUCGAGAACAUACGGAUUGAGUUUGCAGAAAUCCAACUUUUGGAGUUGAUGUGGGCCAGGCUGCGCUGCUGCAGCAGGGCGAAAUCCUCCGGGUACUCGGACCAGCUUGAAAUCUCUGCUUUUGCACUCAUCACUGUACUGGCCUGAGGUCGCGCACAAUGCAGGGAAAAGGUCACACAGAAGCUGAUGUCCUCGCCUGUGAAGUGGGUUGCACUGCGCCAGCAUUUUAUAUACAGCCAGCCUCCUCUCAUGCAGUCACCUAAGUGUCACUCCCCAGCGCUCGGACUCAGCUCUGACAGCCCUGCAGCAGCCAAUCACACAAUCCCCUCUGACCCUGUCAAAGAACAACCAGACAAUGCUCGACUUCCCCCCCCCCAUUCCUAUUGUGCAUUGUAACUCAAUCACGACCUUGUUAUUAUCCUCACACAGAGGGGGAACUGAGAGUAUUAAUCAUUUAGGAGCGUGGCUUUAAUGUUUCUGAAGCUUAAUGAUCUGAUGAACCCAAGUCUGAGCUGCGUGUCACUUUGUCUUAAUCCCACAAACAGCAACAAUAAAGUAACAAGUGUGCAAGCCAAACAUGCUUUCACAUUUAUUAGUAAGUUCAGCAA